GUUGAAGAAGGAAGGGUAUAUAAAACCGACGUGUUUCGCGUUUGGUGGCCCACUCGCUUGUGUGGCCCACUCGCUUGUGAAUUACGUUACGGGUGUAGCUGCCUGAUCGCCAAGGCAGAUUGAUCGACGGGCGAUGAAAUCAUCGAACCAGUGUUUUUUCUCCCCUCGAACUAGAACUGGUCUGCAGAUUUUGAAGGUUGUGGUCUCACGUUGCGACGGCGUAACUCUAAAAAGGAGGGAAUUGUGGAGGAAUUGGAGGUUAGUGUGGUGUUUGAUUUGUAUUUCUGUUGCCUGGUCUGUGUUUUUUGUCUCUGUUUUUUAUUGCUUGCAUUCUUUUUCUCCUAGUUACUAUUACUACCCUAUAUCAUUACAAUACUCCGGUUGAGAUCGAUCGCUACAGGGAUGGGACAGUGACAACAACUCAUAAUGACAUGGUGAUAAUGCAAACUCUUCUCUUCUAAACAGUUACACUCCUUUUUGUCUGGUU